AUGGAUUCCUCUCCAGUAAAUCCGUACUUGCUUUUUGAAAGCGCAGAGGAGUUCCGUCCCGUGGAUAAGGUUUUGUAUGCUCUUAAACACCCUAUUGGACAGAAAGACCCAAUGGGUUUACGAAAGCCAAUUCAGCUAAAAGACCAUUGUUACCUCAUUCGCUGUACUGAGGAGCUUCGACGUUUGGUCACCGUACCUGUGACGCCUAAUACAGCGGCAACGUUUAACGAACAAUUUACAGGCUCGCUGUACAGCUCUCCUGAGGCAUCAUGUAUACCUGUGUUUUCUCCGAAAACACAUAGUGCACCUGUAGAGGAUACUCCGAGUCUCGAUGACGAACCAUGGGAUAACAUCUACUCUGGAACAAGUGUCUGGCGUUGGCCUGUGGAAGUGCUAUAUCAGCACUACCAUUUAUUGAUUGCUAUUGAUUUUGGGGUUUCAACCUUUGGGGUUUCAAGGAAUGGAAAGGUAUUAGUUGAUCAUGUCCCAGAUGCCGUACAAGCUCUACUUGAUGUGGUGAAAAAAACACUGCAUACACGUGAACAGGAAGAAAAAGAAAUACGACGUUGGGUUGACAUGCAUGUGGAGGAGCCGGAGCGUAAUAGCAUUCUUCGGCAAGUGUGGAAACCACAAAUUGAUGUUUCUAUUGUCCUUAUAAAUUCACCUAGAUUGGAGGUCAAUGCCCUGCCUUCUAUUUCUCCGACUCUUUCCUCAACUGAAAUGGGACGGGGGACAGACAUGGAAGGACGUCGUCCAUACCUGUUUCCGGUGGGUGCUAUACCAUUUCCUAUCUUUGAUGGUGAUUUCCCCAAUGACACACUGAAUCGUUCUCUCUUGAUUCCCCUCAUGACACGUUGUAACGCUGAGUUGGUGCUGCGCGACGAAACUUUUCUCUCUCGGUUAGAACAACAACUGAGGGCCUACGAAGAGGCAUGCUGCUCGCGGCUACUGGAUGUUUGGCCUGAGCGGAGUUUGUUUGCCUCCAUGGAACACCUGAUACGUUUGAUUCCAGAGCGAUCGCUACAUUGCACAAGUCUCGUGCUCCUUAGUAAUGCCGAUAAAGGUGGAUCACAUAAUAGUUUUUCAUUACUGGAAAGCUCUGUACGGAGAAAAAAUAUCAUCAUAUCUCUUUUGUUCCUGAAUGAGACAAAUCCGUUCCUUGAUUUAAGUACAAAUUCUCUAUCACAGUUUUUGUCGGCCGUGGGAGGCUUCGGAGUUCAUUUUGAUCAGUGGCUCUCACUCGCGGCUCCAAAGCUUAAUAUUGACUGGUGCCGUCGUUUCGGGGGUCCACGUUGCUUGGCGCAGCAGCUAUUUGUGCAACUGGAUACUAAAUUUCCUUUAUGCGUGGAUCAUGUUUCGCCGAAUAUUUUAACGACGUGUGCUGACCGAUCCAGUGAUUCUUGUGUCCUGUACAACUCUGACAAGGUUCUUGAAGAUUUUACUCUGCUUCGUGAGGGUGAUGUUACGACUGCUCUUCGUUGUGUUGCGGAAGCCCGAAUCAACGAAGGAUGGAGCGUUGUAAUGAAUCAUAACAAAGAAACUCCGCAUAUUGCCCAUCUUUAUGCUCGUCUCCAGUGUAAUCUUCGACGUGGAAAACUUUUCAUUUCGUACGAUAUGGAGGUUAGUUAUCCGGUGGUAUAUCGCCGUGUUUUGGUCCAAGGCUCAAAGGAGCUUGUGGAAUACUUUGUGAAGUUAAGGGGUGAUGACAGGGCUGCUAUACCCACACCUGCGGAAAAUAAAACAGGUUGGUUGAUGUACCUUGUAAUCUUGCGCUCUCAAUUACGUCGUUGGAUGCAUGCAGAGCAGGUGGCUCUCCAGUGUCUUUUUGCGUCACGCCAAAUACGCCGGCUCCUUGUGAAGGACAUGCAGGAACUUUCUUUCUCUGAAGGAGUUUCUGAUGGGUGGUCGGCACACUGCAGUGUCCGUUCAAUUGGGUUCUUCUUUUUCUGGGAGGAUGGUCUCUUGCACUGUUUAGACCCCUGUAGAGGGGGCUCAUGGGGCACUAUGCCCUCGGUUUCAGUAUUGGCUCGCCGAGUCCUUGCGGCCACUUUACAAAAGAAGCAUAACCCUUUAUUCCAAGAUGCAAGUGACGCGUUUUUGUCCUUUGUAACUAAUGAAGGAUCCACUUCUUAUGCUGUUCAGCUGUUUCUGCUAGAAAAUGCGUUUGCCAAUGGCCACGAGGGUUUUUUGGCCGCAGCGUUUGAGUGUCGUUUGAGUUUUUUUUUAACGAGUGUUGGCGAAGAGUUACAAGCGCUGGCAGAUAUCAUCGCCGAUGUGAAGGCGGGUGUUUUAUCUACUCCAAAUACUGCAAUUGGUAAGACAACUUUUACCCUUGCGGUGGAGGCUGUGAUCGACGAAACGAACGCGCGGGCUCUUCAGCUCACCUUUUGUACUGUUUCACCGCGUCGACUGGAUCUAAUCUCCAGUUACAUUGAACCACCACCAUGUCGCCGCAGGGUUGCCCCGAACGGGUUGACGUCCCGUAAAGCUUUGCAUUUUAAUUCCUCAAAGAAGUUGUCACCUGAGGAUGAAAUACGGACUGUUCGACAACUGACUUUUCGUUGCUUCCUGACACCGUAUUUGGUAAGUCCAUCCCUGCUCUCUGACGCUAUUGCCUUUUACUGGAUGAUUGGAACUGCUGAAAUGUGGAGGACAUUUGCUGUACCCUCUUUUAAUACCUUUGUUACGCGCCGUGUUCGCAGUGGGUUUCGAUUAUUACAUUGCAUGGAGCCUCGCGAGGCGAUACUGUAUUCCACACGAGUGUGUGGUGAGGAUCAUGUGGUGGAAAUAUUUGACGUUAUUGCAGCACCCUCAGAGAGUGGCGACAGUGAACUUUCGGCGCAGCUGAUUAUUUACAGGUUCAUACGCCCUUUUGAAGUUGCUCUUUCGUCGUUGUACCAACAUGAACUUACUGCGGAUAUUUCAGAAGAUAUUCAGGUUGCUACAGUACUUCAUACGUUUAAGGUGUUUUCUUCGGCAUCGUUGGCAUCAGCAGUUGAUAGUCCGCUGCCUGCUAAAGAGUUGGGUCGGGGAUUCAUUCAACUUGUUCCAAGGCUCGAGUCACUGCUUCCUUUCCUGUCAGCUAGGCAUGCUUACACUAUUACGCUACGCUCCCUCCCAUCACUUGGGGAAAGAGGCGACGACGACCUUCGAGAGGCGGUGGCCCUGUUUGUUUCCUCGCUAGGGGACCGAUCCGCAACAGUUGAUGCGUCUGCUCUUUCUGAAAGUCUGCGACAAAAACUCUGUGGCUUAGACAAUUUGGAUGAAAGCUUCCAAGGACCGAAACAGUUCUUUGCCUCCGUAUUGAUGCUGCUGGAGUGCAAUUAUUUGGCUUUUCUUCUAAUGCCUCGUGUAUGCCAUACUACGACGUUGAAGCGAGCAAAAGGGAUUAAUGUCCAUGCUAUCUCGUUAGACACCACGGCUCUUUUCAAGGGUGUUAUGCGACUUUAUGGUAAGUCAGGUGAGGUUGAAGAGGUGAAUGAGACGCGUUUACCCGACCGUUCUACUUAUGUACUGCUGAAUGCUUUGACCAAGUUGCUCACCUCCUUUUGCUCGCUUUAUCAAGCCUGGAGACUUCUUGAGCAGCAGUGCGACGGUAUGGAGCGCAACGCGGUUAACAAAACUGUUGUUGCGCAAGACGUUCUGAGGACGUUUUCGACGUUUCAGGACUACUGUAAGGAGGUGGAUAUUUCAUAUCUUCUUUUCGUUCAGGAGAGUAAAUGGAAAGAUCGCGGCGGUGAGGUCUCUCUUCACGAGGGGCUGCGUUCGUUGAUCACGUCAAUGGUGCGUUCUAUGUGUCUUCGACCCUUACCGACACAUCCUGCAGUUUUUCUCCCCAUGUACGAGAGAAAUCAGAAUUACGAAGAAGGGCUUACUGGGGAUCUUGCAGCGCAAAAUGCCCUGACGGCAACGCCGUCAGCCGACGCUCUUCAUCAGAAUCCUGCGGUACUUCCAUUUCUCAUGAGGAUCGCACUCUUUCUUGUCUCGGAGGACGGGAGGGACGUGGAUUGCGUUUGUAUCUUCUCACCUGAGCAUGGACCAGAUGAACUGGGGGAUGCGCACGCGCUUUGCUGGUCGCCUAUUGCUUCAAAUAAGUUGCAGCAUGCCUCCCAGAGGCGGCUUCUGAUGCGUUUUUUUGUAAAGACUGCCCCCAAGCAACUCGUGGAUCUCUCGCGUGACACGUACAAUCCACCCGCGGAGGUGAUACAACGCAUCUUUAGAGAACUUUUGCACGAUCGGCAGGAAAUCCCGUUGACCGAGGCGAAGUCACCACCACUUUUUUUUGCCAAGGAAUCAUCUGUAAAGGAGUUAAACUUACUCUCUAGACAGGCCUUGCCAUUUGCCGAGCUACCGACGACGGUGCGACGUUUUUUUUGA